AUGGCCGAGAAAAUUAGGGAAUUGACUAAUGGAGGUGUGCACUAUAGCUUUGAGUGUGCUGGAAAUUUGGAUGUACUUCGGGAGGCCUUUUUAUCCACCCAUGAUGGUUGGGGAUUGACAGUAGUUUCAGGGAUUCACCCAACACCGAGGAUGCUUCCUCUGCAUCCAAUGGAGUUGUUCGAUGGCAGAAGAAUCGUAGGAUCUGUAUUUGGAGACUUCAAAGGGAAGUCCCAAUUGCCACAAUUUGCCAACCAAUGCAUGAAUGGGGUAAAGUACCUCUACACCCUCUGUGACUUUGAUCCCGAGAAGGCCGACAAAUUGAAGCAAUAUCUUCCUCCAGAUUUAUAUAUUGUGCGGGGUGAUUCAAAUAUUAAAUCCAUUGCAUUUUCCGGUUUGAGUGUGCAAGACUUGUGA